AUGAAACCUAUUGAGUCAGACAAAGGGUUUGUUCACAGACGUAUUAAGAGGCAAUUGGAAGUAGAAGCAUCUAAGAAAAUUGUUGAGCCGAUGAAAGGGUUUUGUGAGAACAAUAAUCUUAAGAAAUUGAAGUCUACCGUGGAUCAUCAACUUGAAGGUCCAACUAAAUCACAGUCCUUGAAGAAAUUUGAUGAGCAAUACAAAGAGGUAAGGCAGGAAAAUACUCUUAAAAGGCAAGGAAAAUCAACAUUUGGAAAUCAAGUUAAAGGUUCAACUGAAUCAUAUGCCUUCAAGAAAUUUGAUGAGCAAAACAAAGAGGUAAGGCAGGACAAUACUCUUAAGAGGCAAGGAAAAUCAACCCUUGGAAAUCAAGUUCAAUGUUCAACCGAAUCACAUGCCUCAAAGAAAAUUGAUGAGCAAACCAAAGAGUUAAGGCAGGACAAUACUCUUAUGAGGCAAGGAAAAUCAACCACGGGAAACAAAGUUCAAGGAUCAACGGUAGAUCGACAAGCCUGCAAGAACAAAAAAUAUAUUCCAAAAUGUCCCGCUUUGGCACUUGAUGAGUAUAUUGAAAUGAGGAAGGAACAACAUGUCAUAGAGGAAGCUGGUGAUGAAGAUAUAGAAGAAAAUGAAAUGGAAGAUGAUAUGGAGAAUGAUAUCAACUAUGAAAGUGACGAAAUUGAAGGAGCCGAUGAAAAUGAAGUUGAAGGAUUAAUAAGAAAACGAAAACGAGGAAAGACUUUAUGUAAGAAUAUUCAUGCUCGAGAUUUCAAAAAUAGACAAGAGAUCACGUUGAAUGAAGAAGGACAACCAAUUGGACCAGAUGAAAAGAGAGUGGCUGAACUUAGUAGUUUUUUGGGGACAGUAGCAAGAAGUGCAGAUUUAUGUCCUCUCACCUUCAAUAAUUGGAAGGCUUUGGUUAAGACUUGGAAGGAUGAAGAAAUCGAUCCAGUCUGGGAAUAUGUCAAUGAAAAAUACAUCAUCCCAGAGAAAGGAAAGAAGGAUGUAUUUGCUAUUGUAAAUGAUGCUUGGAGACGAUACAAAUACUUGAUUAAAAAGAAUCAUUUUACCAAGUACAAAACCAUGCGCGAGCGGUUAAAAAAUCGUCCAGAAGAGGUACCGGAAGAAGACUUUAAGAAGUUAUUGGUGUAUUGGAGAGAUAGAAACAGUCAAUCUGCAAAAUGCUCAAAAUAUUGCUCAACUGAAAUGGAGACAUCGAACGGGCAAUAAAGCCUUUGCUGUUAUAAGAGAAAAAAUGCGUGUAAGUAAUGAAGAUAAAGAGCCUCCCAGUCAAGCGGAAAUGUUCAUUGCUACACGUCAAAGUAAGAAAGGAAAAGAGCUGGAUCAAGAAACCAAUACUGCAAUUGUGAGUUUUUUUCUAAUACCUUUUAAUUUGUUGGUGUCUUGGCAUGGCUGGAUUUAAUUUUAGACUGUGUUGUGUGUUUUGUUGUUUGUUAUUGGCGAAUUGAGUUUGAUUUGCUUCAUAGUUUGUACGGUUGGCACUUUGGUUUUGGUAGACUCACUAUGCAUUGUGCAUUGUGGCACUCUGGUUUUGGUAGUCAUAUAUCUUGUUUUGAUGUUGA